AUGAGUUCUGUCUUAGAAUUGGAGGCUACGGUGGAUGACUGUACUAAGUACUUCAUGACGAAACUAGCCCAAAAACAAGACCAAAAUUUUGAUCUUGGAGCUUGGUUGCAUUGGUACUCCUUUGAUGUCAUUGCUCAAUUGACAUUUUCUAAGCGAUUCGGCUUCAUGGAAAAGGAGACUGAUAUUGAAGGAAUAAUCGCCGCAUUGGAGAAUAGACAGGUGUACAGUGCAAUCGUCGGCCAGGCACCGAUGCUGCAUAAAUUCUUGUUCGGAAACAAAUUCGUGUCAAGUGUGGCAAAUACCAUACCACGAGUCAGGAAGAUGAAUUCAUCCGCUCGCAUCGUCGAAUUCGCUGCUAAUCAGCUAAGGCUACGACAAGAAUACGAUAAAGAAAACAAUGUGAAGGACAUCCUAGCUCGAUUCAAAAGGUACAGGGAUGGCUCGCAAAUCAUGACCGAUCAGGAAUUGCUAGGCCAUUCGGCCACUAAUGUGUUUGCCGGAAGUGAUACUACUGCUAUAACCCUACGCGCAAUAUUUUACUAUUUGAUGAAGAAUCCAGAAAUGCUAAAUCAACUUGUGCAAGAGAUCCGUGAGUUCGAAAGUCAAGGCGAGUUGUCGGAUAUUGUCACAUACGCAGAAUCGCAACGAAUGAGUUACUUGCAAGCAUGCAUAAAAGAAGCAAUGCGUCUUCAUCCAGCCGUGGGGUUUUUGUUGGAACGAGUUGUGCCGGAUGAAGGUGCAAAUAUAUCCGGUACUUAUUUUCCAUCAGGAACAGUAGUGGGAGUCAAUCCGUGGGUGGUGGGAAGAGAACAAGCAGUAUACGGGAGCGACGCUGAUGACUUUCGACCGGAGCGGUGGCUAGAAGCCAGCAAGGACACCUUGAAGUUAAUGGAAAGGAACUGGCUGGCUUUUGGUGAAGGGUCACGGACCUGUUUGGGAAAGAACAUAUCUUUGAUGGAGAUUUCUAAAUUGGUACCGCAACUCUUGCGCCGCUAUAGUUUUCAUCUUUCAGACCCUACUGUGGACUGGAAACUAUUCGACUAUUGGAAACGGCAUGCCACAUACACACGGAAGUGUCUGAAUGCAAUCUUCCUUGUGGAUACUGCAUUAGAGGAGAAGCUGCGAUCACUAAGCGGCGAUACACCGGACAACAAUUUGGUUGUCAUUCCAGCACCAAAAGUCAACAGGAUUCAACGGGCUGUUUUCUAUUAUGCAGACUUCAUUGGUACACUGAUUUAUAUUGUAAUUCUCCUAUCGGUAGUCAGUGUUUGGCUAGCCGUUGGUCCCGUUUUGCACUUUAGCGACAACCGGUGGCUGAUCAGUGGCACAUACGUUAGCCCUAGUGGAAUGAAUGAUGAUUUUGGACUACGGAACCUGCAGCAUUACCUAGGAGGUCUUGUUACCGAUCGGUUUCGCAAGGUCUACAAUACGGGUGCAGAAGCAUUUCGCGUUAUUGGGCUUCCAGUUCCCGAGGGAAAAGAGUACAAAAGCAUCUCUUUCAGUAUUCGUAUCUCAGAAACAAUAAACCGAAUCUGUGGACACGAAUUCAUGGUCGUCGCCAGUCUUCUUCUGAUUUCUGGCUUGAUUGUGGGAGCAAGUGCGAUGUGA